GUCUCGUCAAAGUUUAUCGUUCGGAGUCUGGAGCUGCCGCGGGAUGGCGUGCGGUGCGUUGAUCGUGAAAUGCCGUUGAAAGUCGAAAGCAAAGCAGUACUUUACAAACACACGGAUUUCUGGGUGCCACAGCCUAUCCUAGCGACAUUGUGUACAAGGCAGGAACUGAUCCUGGGCACUAACCCAAGCCAGACCCCCACCCACAGUUACUCACAGCAAGCUAAUUUAGAAUCGCCAGGCAACCUACAGGCACAUCUGUGGCACACGGGAGGAAACUAUAGCAGAACAUUUUGUUGGACUGUUUGUUUGUCUGAACUCUACAAUGGACUCUUAUAAGUUAGCUGGUGACCCCAGCACUCAGUUGAGACAGGAUUACCUGCCAUAUGAACAGUCCGGAAGACUAACCAAUAAACCUGGAAGUUAUGGAGUCAGUAUUCGGGUGCAGGGAAUAGACGGUCACCCUUAUGUUGUGCUAAAUAACCGAGAGAGGCAACUUCAAACGUUUGAGACAGCUGCUGAAAAUGGCUAUUCUGAUUCAUCUAGAGAUGUGCACAGAACACUUUCAAGUAAAAGUAAUGAGUAUGAUUCUAUGAAAAAUACAACAAAUGGAGAAGUGCCACAUUCAGAGGUCCCUCAUUUGGAAUACAAGUCCCAAAAACAUAUGCAAUUAAGUGGUUCACAGAAUGGCAGUACAGAGUUCAAACAGUCCUCUAGAAAAACGGCCACUUUGCUUAAUUUCCAACGACACCCUGAGCUUUUAAAGCCCUAUGAUCCUGAGAAGAAUACUUUAAACUUGGGUGGAUUUCCAACAGUUCCUGCACAAGUUUCAGUUACCUCCGAUAAAGAAAACAAGGAAAACAAGCAAUGGGAUACUUUGCCCAAGACUUCUUCCUCACUUAAAUUUCACCAUAGGCCUUCUGUAGAACCUGAAAACCUUAAACAAAGUAGAAAUGGACCAAUUACUACUGCACCCUCCAUAUUCCAAUCUGAACCACCUAUAAAACUUCACAAUUCUGCUAAUAAUUCAGGUAACUCUUUAAAACUUGUUAGUAGAUCUUCUAGUGUUGUGAGCAGUGCCAAUUCCAGUUUGGAGCACAAAAAAACAAGACCAGAUGUUCUUCCUCUGCGUAGACAAGAGUCAAGUGGACCAGUAUUAGACACCUCAAGGUCAAGAAGAUCUUCAGCUUCAUCUACAACACCAACUUCAAUCUGCUCUUCCAACAAAUUUGGUCUAGAAGAUCAAGAUGAUGCUCUUGGUGCUGAAAAUGUAAAUAGGCAUGAGAAUAGAAGGUAUAUACCUUUUCUACCAGGGACAGGACGUGACAUUGACACUGGAUCGAUCCCAGCAGUAGAUGAAUUAAUAGAUAAAUUUGAUGGAAAAGAUAGCCCACAAAGAAGGGGUCGGUCAGGACGUAGAAAUAGGAUCAAUCCAGAAGAUCGCAAGAGGUCUAGAAGUGUUGAUAGUGCAUUUCCUUUUGGCCUUCGGGGUGAAUCUGAAUAUUUGGAUGAGUUUAGCAGAAACCAAGGCAGGUCAACUGAACACUUGCUUCGCCCAUCCCAGUUACGGCAACAAAAUUCAUCCAUGAGAUCAGACACUGUUACUGAUGGAGUGAGAGCCAACAAGCUGUCCUAUAUGGCCAAAUACACUUCCACCACUGCAACUUCUAAAAGCCAAGAAGAACCAAACUACCAAGAUCCAAUGCGAAAGCUUCAGGAUAAAAUUGGCGCUGAUAAGAGUGCAGCGUACAACGUUAGCAGAAGUGUUUUAAACAGAAAUUCUGCUUUACCUUAUGGCUUUAAGGGAGCUGAAGAAAAGAGUGUGCGGUCAGUGAAAGUGCUGUCCACAAACACUGCACAACCGUCUACUACUAACAGGAACUUGACCAAGGCUACAGCUUCAGAGCAGGAUGUUCAGGCAUGUCCAGAUCUUUUAAAAGGUCAGCAAGACCUCGCACAGCAGACAAAUGAGGAGACUGCAAAACAGAUCCUAUUUAAUUACCUCAAAGAUGGGAGUAAUGAUAAUGACGAUGCUACCAAGAAGAAAGUGAACUUGGUUUUUGAGAAAAUCCAGACCUUAAAAUCCAGAGCUGCUGGAAGCAUGCAAACUGACAACAAAACUGUAGAUUCCCCAUCAGAGAUGAAGGCACUGCAAGAGCAGAAGAGUGAGCUUGAGAAGACUGUGGUAGAAUUGAGAAAAAAACUGGAUCAAGAAGCAAAGAAUCACCAGACCACUUUAGAAGCAAAGAAGCGAGAAAAUGCAAACAAGAACGAUUUACAUAAGAGUUUAGAGGAGAGUCUAGAGGAAAGCAACCGCCUCCGAGAACAGCUAGCCAAAACAGAGAAGGACUUGCGGACAACUCUGGAGGAACUGUUCCAGGUGAAGAUGGAAAGAGAGCAGUGCCAGACAGAAGUUCGAGACCUUCAGGAUCAGCUGUCAGAAAUGCAUGAUGAGCUGGAUGCUUCAAAACAAGCCAGAUCUGACACUGAAGAAAAACAGGUUCUUAUGAAGAGUCUACUGCAAAUGAAGCAAGAGUUAGAGGAUGUUGUUUUUGUAAAAGAGGAACAAGAAGAGAUGCUGAGAAAACGAGAACGCGAAUUAACAGCUCUAAAAGGGGCAUUGAAAGAAGAAGUAUCCUGCCAUGAUAAGGAAAUAGAUCGUUUGAAAGAGCAACAUGACAUGGAGAUGAGAAAACUAAAAGUAAACCUUGAUGAAGCAACCCAGAAUCAUAAAGACAUAUCAAAAGAGAAGAACACAGUUGAAGAAGCACGAAUAGCUGCUGAGAGCAGGAUGAAACAACUGACUGAUGAAAAUGAACGACUACGGAAGAGAAUCCUGGCCUUGGAGGCUGAAAUUGUUGAACUUAACAAAAUUAUUGAUCAGACUAAGAAAGAAGAGAACAAGGGCAGAGAAAAGAUUGCUAGGCUUGAGAAAGAAAAGAGUCAAUUGGAAGAAACUAUGAAUGAAACAAAGGAAUGUGAGCAUGAGAUACUUGCAACCAAGAGAGUCUUAGAAAACCGUCUGGAAGAAGCUCAGAGAAAUCUUAACAGAUUAAAUCAUGAAAACCGGGAAUUAAAUGAACGCUUAAAGGAAGAGAGAAGCCAGAAGGAGCAGUUUAAAAGAACAAAGAACGAAAUCGAGGAUGAGAGGCGGCAGUUGGAUAGAACUGUGGAGAAACUUCAGAAGGAAAUGAAUGAGAUAGUGGAGGCUUCUCAGAAGUCCACUCUUGAUCUGCAGUUCCAAAUUGAUGAGUACAAGGAGAAAAACCGCAAGGAGAUGACUGAUUUACAAAGGCAGCUGAAAGAUAAAAACUUAGAAUUGGAAAAAUGUCGCAUAGCAACCAAAAAGCUUCAGGAUGAGAUUUCAUUUCUUGAAGAGGACAUAAAGCAGUGCAAGAAAGAACGAGAUGAAGCCGUGUUCAAAGCACAGCACAUGGAGCAGAAAGCUUAUGAUCUAGAAAUUGAGUUGGAAAACAGAACGCAUACCAAAGAUGACAGAUCGCGACAAAUCAAAUCGUUGGAGGACAAAAUAUCUCAGUUAGAAAUGGAGCUGGAAGAGGAGCGAAGCAGUGGAGAUUUGCUGAUGGACAGAGUGGACCGAGGCAGAGAACAGUUAGAGCAGAUGAGGAGUGAACUUCUGCAAGAGAGAGCCACAAGACAAGAUCUGGAGUGUGACAAGACUUCUCUGGAGAGACAGAACAAAGAUCUGAAGAGCAGACUUUCACACCUUGAAGGGUUCCAGAGAUCCAGUAAGGAAGGAAUUGUAUCGCAGUUGGAAUCCAGAGUUCAGGAACUGGAGGAACAAUUAGAAAGAGAUGAAAGGGAUCGAGCAAGUCUACAGUUAGCCAAUCGAAAGUUGGAGAGGAAGGUCAAAGAGCUGAUGAUGCAGGUGGAUGAUGAGCGUACCUCCCUAACCGAUCAGAAAGAUCAGCUCAACCUACGCUUGAAAGCACUGAAAAGACAGGUGGACGAGGCAGAAGAGGAAAUUGAGAGGUUGGAACACAGCAAGAAGAAGUUGCAGCGGGAACUGGAUGAACAGGCAGAGCUGAAUGAUCAGCUUCAAGGACAGCUCAACACGUUACGGAAAGAUGCACGGCGUAAAAGUACAUCGACAAAUGUCCUGAACGAGCUGGACGAUGAUGAUGACGAUGACAUGAGCACGGACGGCGAAAGCCUGUAUGCUGGCCACUCUGGCUACACCUUUUCUCAUGAAGACGCCCUUCGGAGUUAACCCUUUACUGCCACAAGAAAUGCUAUGUAGAAGACAAUUGAAGGAGCUGAGACGGGCAGCACCAUCACAUCGGCGCUUCCAAAUUAUUUAAAACGCAAGUCAAACAUUUUGCAUUAUAAACAGGCUUGGUUACUGCUUUAUAGAAGACCAACAUUAUCUCUGAUACCCUUUUAUUUUUAUAUAUAUAUAUAUAUAUUAUUUUUUUUUUCAA